AUGACGGAAUACGGCACGACGAAAAACGGAUACGCCAACUUGGAAGAGAGCAGUCGGCUGCCCUUCUACCACGUCCAGAACCCGAGUGUGCGCGCGUACCUGGCCGAGUUCGUCGGUACCUUUAUCCUCGUGCUCAUCGGCGACGGCUCUGUCGCGCAGUACGUGCUCGGGGGCGGAACUGCCGGUCACUACUUGUCCGUGAACUUGUCCUGGGGCAUUGCACUGCUCUUCGGGAUCCACUUUUCCGGCGGCGUCAGUGGCGGUCACCUCAAUCCCGCCGUGACGCUGGCACUGGCCUUGUUCAAGCGCUUCGAGUGGACAAAGGUCCCGGGCUACUUCUUGGCCCAGACGGCCGGGGCAUUCGCAGCCGCGCUCGUUGUCUUCAUUGUGUACUACCCGUGGUUCGACAUGCAGGACCCCCAGCGAGAGACGACGCAGGGCAUCUUUGCCACGUACCCGAACGCCCAGAUCCCCAACUGGUCGGCGCUCGCGAACGAGAUCAUUGGAACGGCGUUGCUCGUGAGCGGGAUCUUUGCCGUGAGUGACCAGCUCAACAAACCCGCGAGCCCCUACAGCUUUCCUGCUGCUGUUGCCCUGAUGCUCACGAGCAUUGGCAUGGCCUUCGGACUGGACACGGGCUAUGCUCUGAACCCAGCGCGGGACUUUGGGCCGCGUCUGUUCACGUUCUUCGCGGGAUGGGGCUGGAAAGUGUGGACUCUGCGUGGCGGCUACUUCUGGAUCCCUAUCGUCGGACCGUUCAUUGGCGCAAUCAUUGGAGCAGCCACCUACGUCGGGCUCAUUGAAGCCCACCACCCGCCUCAGGUGUAG